CGGGGGACUGGCCUGGCGGGGGGCUGUGGUUGGGGAUCCCCCCUGAUCAAGUCUGUGCUGUCCGCAGGUGCAAAGAUGGGGUGCUUCACCUUUAUCAAGGUCAUGAUGAUCCUCUUCAACCUGGCCAUAUUCCUCAGUGGUGGGACCCUGCUAGGAGUUGGCAUCUGGGUCACAGUGGAUGGACAGUCAUUCCUGGAUAUAUUUGGGGCAAUCUCCUCCAGCAUCCUGCAGGUUGUGAAUGUGAGCUACUUCCUCAUUGUCAUCGGUGCCAUCCUGCUGGUGAUCGGCUUCCUUGGGUGCUACGGAGCACAGAAGGAGAGCAAAUGCCUCCUGAUGAUGUUCUUCGCAGUGGUGCUGAUCAUCUUCAUUGCUGAAGUUGCUGCUGCCGUGGUGGCUCUGGUCUACACGGGUGUUGCAGGGACACUGCUCAUGGCUGUGGUGACGCCUCUCCUGAAGGAUAAGUACGGGGUGGAUAAGAGCUUCACACACAUUUGGAAUGUCACCAUGAUGGAGGUCCAUUGCUGUGGCCUGAAUAACUACACAGACUUCAACGACUCCGUCUGGUAUAAGGACCACGGAACCUACCCUGAGCCCUGCUGUAAUAGCACACAGCCCUGCACCUACAUGGCAGCUGCAGAAAGCAAAGUCACGGGUUGUUUCGAUCAGAUCUUGGAAGAAAUCAGGACCCAUGCAGGUGUGGUGGGUGGCGUGGCUGCUGGCAUCGCUGCCUUGGAGAUUGCAGCCAUGGUGGUUGCCAUGUACUUGUACUGCCAUCUGGACCAGAAAUGACCCCACAGAGCAGGAGAUGAUCUGCCCCCUCAUCGUGCCGGGGUGCUCCCAUGGCGUGCCAUGCUCUCCGGGGGACCCCAUCGCUCCCUGGGCCUGAUGCUGUCUUGUGCACUGUGAUUUUGUAGCUGCGUUUUGAUCUACUGAGCUGGGAUCUGUAGAGUUUGUGUAUAUUUUUGUACUGUUAUGGGACACUGAGUCUGUACAUAGUGAUUUGGGGGGGGGGGUUGAAGGGGGGGAAGCUGCUUGGUCUGUUUAGCUGAUGCCAGAGGGAGAUAGAGCAGCGCAGGGGCUGAUCAGAGCUGCUGAUCUGGCAGUGGCGCAGUGAUGCCUUGAUAAACCCUUGCGGGCAGGUGCUGUGCCUUUCCCAUGCUGUCUCCACUGUGUCCCUAAGUGGGGGCUGCUCCGUGCCCCCUUCAUCACUCCAUUGAAUCAUUGUAGGUGGUAACUACACUUCCUAUGGGGAUGUAUCUACCCCUACACAUGUUUUCUGCCAGCCCUGACCAUGUUGUCACCUAAAUGAGGCACUGGCUGGUCUGUGCCCCUGCCCUGGCAUGAAGACAGCCCUGUUGGUCCCUGUCCCUGCGGUGUCCGGGGCUGCCCCCCUAUCACACCAUGGCUGAGCCCUCUCCAUCUGUAAAGAAAACCAAUUAAAUUGUUCAUCUUGGAUACAAA